CUUCUGAUGAACUCAGGCACUUUUUGAGGACACAAUAAGCACUGAACUUUGAUGCAGAGAUGGUUUUCUGGAGCUGUUUAUUGUCACUCUUUCUUUGGCUCAUAGUGUCACCUGCUAAUGCUGGGGAAUGGAGUGCUAAAAUGCCAGAAUCAGUGGUGGGUUUGUCUGGAUCAUGUGUGCUGAUUCCCUGUACAUUCAGCUAUCCAGCAAAUGGAAAAACAUACACAGAAUUUGCAGGGAUUUGGUACAAAGAAAAUUCAAUAGUAUAUCAUACAGACACUUCAAAAAUCAUCGACUCAUUCAAAGGUCGCACUAGCCUCAUUGGUGAUUUGCACAAUAAUGACUGUUCUUUGAAAAUCAGCUCUCUGAGCAGCAGUGACGCUGGGUCAUUCAUGUUCCGGAUUGAGAUUAAACAUCUGGACAAGUUCAGCUAUGAGAAGAAUAAAGUUUCUAUAACAGUGAAAGAAACACCAGAGAAUCCUACCGUCUCUGUGGAAGAGGAAGUGACAUCAGGGAAACCGGUGACUGCCACCUGUGCCGUGUCUCAUUCCUGUCCAUCAGACUUGCCUCGUGUCACCUGGAGCCACGCUGGCACACACUCGAGUCCAUCACAGCCAAAAAUCAUGGUCAAUGGAAGCUGACAUCUUACAGCCUGACCUUCACUCCUUCUAGAGAAGACAAUAAUAAACAUCUCAGCUGCUCUGCAGAGUUUAAAGGGAAGACAGUGACAGGCUACAAAACACUCACAGUUAAAUAUCCUCCAUAUAAUGUAAACGUGAUCGCUAAAGCCUCAGUGAAGGAGAAUGACUCUGUGGAACUGUCCUGCUCCAGUAAAAGCAAUCCUCCUGCAAACAGCUACCAGUGGUUCAGCUCAGAUGGGACGAUGUUAGGAAAAAAAUAUACUUACAAACUGGAGAGAGUGUCUCAACAUACUGAGGCCA